AUGCCGAGCCCUCCUGAGUGGUGGAAAGGUGCUUCGGAACAGCUUGUUAAAGAACAGUCGGAACAGUUGGAGCGGAUCUUGACGCCCAUAAAGGAAGACGUGAAAGCAAUGAAAGGAGACAUUUCGAGCCUCCAGAAGGGCCAGGACGAUUUGACGAACCGGGUGGAGGCGCUGGAGAAAGGCACGUCCCCGCGGGAGACCUUCCAGCCGACCUGUGUCGACAUCCUAGGAUUCUGCCAGUGCGACGUGGGGGACAUCGAGUGGAACGAGCAGGGCCUGCAGGUUGCGAGCCUUGGUGAUUCGGCCACCGCCACGGCUACGAUCACCGCGUUCCGCAGGUAUUUGAGCGGGUUGGUUUUGUACAUGGGCGGUGGUAUCCACAUUGAUUUCAGCGUGCAUUUUAUCCACAAGUGUCGGGACCAUGAUUUUGAGUUUGACUUCAGCUUCGUAGACAUUGUCAGGGCAGAGACUAUCCAGUAUUACGAGAAGUGCGCGUCUAGAUCCGGGUCCAGGCUGCACGUGGUGGUCGGCAUGGGCGCUAACGUCACCUUGCCGAGGAAUGUCGAUGGGGUGAGGGGCGCGACUUUGAGACCGCCUCUGGUGUCGCACGCGGUUGCUAUGCAGACUUGUGUUCUAUUUUGGAUGCAGGUUUUAGGCGUGCGGGCAUUGAACGCGUUUGGGGGCGAUCACGGUUUGGACAAUUUAUGGACGUGCGGGUUGAAACGACGGGCUGCAGAUAAAUCACAUAUUGACUAUUUAGCCGUUUCUUCUGGCAUUACUGGUUUCGGGAAGGCGUUUAUUUUUUUGGACAUUCUUUCGGAGGACGCUCUGAAUACCAAAAUGGACCACAGGCCAGUGAUCGCUCACAUCGAUUGGGACGUCUUGGAUUGCGGCACCGUGGGUUCGCAGGACAGGUAUUCGCUUGACUCAACCCUCCGCGUGCGGGCAUUACCGAAGCGGGGGUUCACGGACGCGCAGGGAGAUUUGUAUCAGGCUAAGUUCUGGAAGCUGCCCGUGCUCAUUGCAAUCCAAGACGUGGCUGCGGCGUUCGAUUCGAUGCCUCGCGAGCCCGUGCUGGACUCCUGGCUGGCGCGCGGGUGGGACAAGCGGGAGUUCAACGCCGUCGCCGAUCAUGCGGCGAACGCCGCCCUCGACUUGAGACGAGAUUGGGAGUGGCAGGGCCAAGGUGACCGAGGCCGCGGUGUCACCGUGCGCGGGGCGUGCAGGACCAACCGCGAGUCCGAGGCGUGCACGGACGCGGCCCCUGGUGACUGGUGCCACGCCGCGGUGGUCUGGGCCAAGACCGUCGGCUACAAGAAGCACCCGGAGUGGUUCCCCGGCGACGCCAGCCAGUACAGCCUGCGGGACUUCCAGUCGCUCCUGCACUCGCUCGGCGAGGCCCAGUGCUCGCGGCCGUGCCCCCUCGACGCGAGGGGCGUGGGCCCGCGUGCGGUGGGGCUCCUCGAGCUCGGCGAAAAGUCCGCGGCCGGGCUGGGCGGUGGGUCCGCGCCCGCGCUCAGCCAGACCUCCGCCUAUGGCCUCUCGCCCGCCGAGUUCACGGGCAUCCUGGAGGAGAGCUGGGAGCCGAAGACAGCGACCAGCACUCAGGAUGCGGACAAGAUCGACGAGGUGGGUUGCCAGGACGCGCAGCGUGGCAGCAUGUGCCACCACGCGAUGACGUUUCUUCGCGCCAAGGGGAUCGCGAAGCACCCUACGUGGUACCCGUCGCUCAGCGGCGACUCCACCAUGCGGGAUGUGCAGGAGGUCCUGCACACAGCGGGGAAGGCUGACUGCCCGAAGCCCUGCCCUGACCAUGGGGCAGAGCCGCCGAGUCAGCAUCACAGCAACGAUGUGAUUGAAGUCUUCGACGGCGGCCGGCAGGUCGAGAGCGAGGCCUAUGAGCUCAAGGAGGCCGCGGACUGCGGCGACACCGUGGAGGGCGAGUGGUGCUACAAUUCCAUCAUGUGGCUGAAGAACGCUGGCCUUGCCAAGCAUCCAGACUGGUAUCCUCGCCUCACCCGCGAGUCCAGCAUGGCGGACUUCCAGACCGCGCUGCACAAGCAGCGCAAGAUGAACUGCCCGCUGCCAUGCCAGAAUGUUUCGAAUGUCGACGCGACUGUCGAUACUGAGAGGUCGUCUGGCACGGACUUCGAAGAGACCUCCCAAGAGGAAGUCUCAACCACCAUCCCUGAGCCAAUAAGGACUGGCGCUGAGCAGUGCGAGGACGCAGUGGAGGGCUCGCACUGCUACAAGGCGAUCUCGCGCGUCAUUGACGUGGGUAUCUGGAUGCACCCUGACAAGUUCCGGGGGCUCAACCGCCACUCCAGCCGCGACCAGGUCCAGAAGUACCUGUACCAGUACGGGAGGGACGAGUGCAGCUGGCCCUGCCCCAAGAAGCAGCUGGACAAGAGCCGGCGCGUCCUGAAGAGGGUGGAGGACAUGACGGAGAAGGAGCUGGGCAGAUACAUGAGCCACGAGUGGGACGGCUACGUCGACUCCGACGAGUACGACCCGCACGAGGCCGUGCAGCCGAGCGACGCGGAGGCCACCCUGGGCGCCCCCGCCGUGAGGAGCGAGAACGCCUCCGCCGCGCAGGACCAGCCGUCUGUCGCGGCGGAGGAGACGGGGGACGACAAUGCGACCCUGCCUUCCACAGACGAGGAUCUUCCGGAACAUGUGCCCGUCAUCAACCCCAAGCGCCAGACCGUGGCGGGCCUGAAGGACUCGUGCCGCGACGCGCAGGUCGGGGAACUCUGCUACUCGGCGGUGACCUGGGCCCAGGGGGUGGGCCUCCACGAGCGCCCCCAGUGGUACACGGGCCUCUCCAAGACGUCCACCUUCAGGGAGUUCCAGGCGUUCCUCCACAAGUCGAGGCCAGGCAUCUGCGAGAUGCCCUGCGGCAACCUGCGGGAGGUGAGGCCCUUCGAGGCGGAGGCCGAAGCCGCCGACACCUCGGAGGAGCUGCUGCCAGUGAUCGACGGGGGUGGGCAGAAGGUCGUCCCCACCACUACGACGGAGCCCACGCCAGAGCCAGAGGUGCAGGCCAACUCCACCGCAGAGGAGGAGCCCGCAGAGUGGGAAGCAGAGAGCAACGACACCUCGGAGGAGGCGCUGCCAGCGGUCGACCCCGACGGCCUGGAGGUCGACUCCUCUCCAGACCUUCCCGAGGCACCGCCGCGGCAGGAGGCCAACCUCACCGCGGAGGAGCCAGUGCCGCAGCCGGAGGCCGCUGCAGCGGAGGCCACCACGACGGCGGGGUCGCUGCCCGCGGCUGGCCAGGACGGGCAGGACAACGCCUCCGCGGUGGAGGAGCCGGCGCAGCAGCGGGAGGCCGACGCCGCGGAGGGCGCCACUGCCAGUGGGGAGGAGCCCGCGUCGCAGCCAGAGGCCGCGUCGGCGGCGUCGGCGGAGUCGGCGGCGGCGGGCACGUCGGAGGACCUGCUGCCGGAGGUGGACCUGGGCGGGCGGCAGGUCGAGAACGCGUCGGAGGACGUGUCGGCCAGCGCGCAGCAGCCCGACCAGCAGGCCCCGGGCGCAGGGGACGCCGCCAUGGAGGCGGAGCAGGCGUCAGCGCUGCGCGGCGCGGGCGCCGAUGUGGAGGCCAAUUCCACCGCGGAGGAGCCCGCGCAGCAGACAGAGACCGCCACGGUGGAGUCCGACACCUCGGAGGAGCCGCUGCCGGUGGUCGACCCGGACGGGCAGGAGGUCGACAUCGUGUCAGAGGAUAUGGCGUCGAUCGCGCAGCAGCGGGCGGCCGCCAAGGAGCAGGAGGACCUGAGGGCCAUGGUCGAGCGGCUGAAGGCAGAGAACGCCGCGCUGAAGAGCGGUGCCGCCGUCGUGCAGCCGGCGCCAGAGGCCUCCGAACCGCCGAGCGCCGAGCCGGCCGACCAGCAGGCCGUAGCCGAGCUGGAGCCGCCGCCGCAGCCACAGGCCAACGCCACCGCCGACGAGGAGACCGCGGCCGCAGCGCCCGCCAGCUCCGCGGCGGGAGGGGAGGCGCCACGUCCCGAGUCCGCCGUGGCGAAGCCGGCCGACCAGCAGGCCGUAGCCGAGCUGGAGCCGCCGCCGCAGCCGGAGGCCAACGCCACCGCCGACGAGGAGGAGGCCAACACCACAGUGGCGAGCGACGCCGCCGAGGCGAGCGACGACAACGCCACGAGCAGCACCUCGGAGCAGGCCGCCUUUGCCCGGAAGGAGACCACCCAGUCGAGGCCUCGUCGGAAGGCGGUGGACUCGGAUCCCCUGCCGUACGUCAACCAAGAGGCGAGGGUCACCUCCAUCAUGGAGGAGAGAGACGAGGAGGAGCCAAGAUGA